AUGUGGACUGCCAGGAUGUCCCAGGUGUGGAUGCUGAGAUGGGCUGUAUUAUUAAUCGGGCUACAGUCAACGCAAGCAGACUAUAUGGCUCAGUAUGGAAAUUCGGGAGAUCCUAUCGAUGUUGGGUUCCAAGCAACAGAUUUUCCCUUCACAACUGUGACUUCAACCUCAAUCUAUGAUGAUAACCAUGUGGGCACAAUCUGUAGCAUGUGGGGUAACUUCCACUUCAAGACAUUUGAUGGAGACACUUACCAGUUUAAAGGCACGUGUGAAUAUAACCUGGUGUCUGACUGUCAGAGCCUCGUUCAUCAGUUCUCAGUUCACGUGAAGAGAACACAAGACCCCGAUGAGUCAAAGAUCAGCAGAGUGUCGGUUACCAUCAAUGACAUUGCUGUUGUGAUGACUGAGGACCUGGUGACGGUCAAUGAAGAAAAUGUCACACUACCCAUCCACAUCGCAGGAAUCCUUGUCGAAGAGAAUUCGAUUUACACCAAACUCUAUUCCAAACUGGGCAUCAGUGUCAUGUGGAACAGAGAGGAUGCUGUCAUGGUGGAGCUGGACUCAAAAUUUUCCAAACGCAGUUGUGGACUAUGUGGUGACUUUAAUGGCAUUCCAAUCUAUAAUGAAUUCAUCCAAUCAGGGCGAAGGGUCGGCUACGCCGAGUUUGGGAAUCUGCACAGAGUUCCCAACCCGAACCAUCGCUGCGAAGACCCUUUUGAAGAUGAUGAAACGGAUAUACAGCAAAAUGUGGUGGACUCAUGUGAAAAACAUCGGGCAAUUUGUGCCGACAUUUUUGAAGAUGGAGACUGGUCUUCUUGUAGUUGGGUUCUGAGCCCUGAGCCAUAUAUCAGGGCCUGCGUGAGUGACAUAUGUCAGCGUCAGCCUGGAGAAACAGACACUACAUCUCUCUGCUCGACUCUAUCUGAAUACUCACGUCAGUGCUCGCACGCCGGGGGAACUCCGCCCACCUGGAGAACAGACAACUUCUGCCCUGUGAAAUGUCCGUACAAUAUGGUUCAUUCUGAAAGUGGCUCUCCCUGUAUGGACACAUGCGCACACAAAGACACAAACACACUGUGUGUGGAACACAAGAUCGACGGAUGCUUCUGCCCUCCGGGAACUGUGUUUGAUGAUAUCUCGUACACGGGCUGUAUCCCAGUGGAACAAUGCCAGUGUAAACAUGACCGCAUCUACAAUGUAAAUGAGAUCCUUCGUGAAGAUGGGGAAGAAUGUGAGUGUUUGGGUGGAAACUGGAUUUGUAAGAGUCUGCCGAGCUCUGGUCUGUGCGCAGUAGAGGAAGGAUCUCACUUCAUGACCUACGACGGGACAGAAUUCACUUUCCACGGAGACUGCAACUACGUGCUUUCUAAAGACUGUGAGGGGUCAAAGUUCAUCAUAUGGGGGCAGAUUGUUCCGUGUCGUGAAACCGACACCUGCUUGAAAUCUAUAGUGGUGCAGCUUAACAACGACACGAAAAAUCUACUGAUUAUUAAAGCUGACGGCGUGGUAGUACACAAUGCUGAAGUAUCUCUUCCAUACAACACAGUCGACUUCACCGUCUUCAGGCCGUCGUCAUUUCACAUCAUAAUUCAGAGCACGGUCGGUCUGCAGGUGCAGGUUCAGCUGGUUCCUCUCAUGCAGGUGUACAUCACUGUGGACCAACGCUUUCAGGGGAAGACUUGUGGCCUGUGUGGAAAUUUUAACAAAGUGCUGUCUGAUGACCUGAAGACCCCUCAGGGUAUGGUUGAGGGUACAGCUACUUCAUUUGCAAAUGCCUGGACGGCCCAGUCCAACUGUCCCGACCGUACCAAGAGAAUGGACGACCCCUGUUCCUACAGCACUGACAAACAUUUUGCUGAGCACUGGUGUUCAAUGAUGAAGGACAAAGAGAGCCUGUUUGCCAGUUGUCAUGCCUCUGUCAAUCCAGACAGCUACUACAAAAGAUGCAAAUACUCCAGUUGUUCUUGUGAGAAGAGUGAAGACUGUCUGUGUGCGGUGUUCUCAUCGUACGCCCGGGCCUGCGCGGCUAAAGGAAUAAUUCUCCAAGGCUGGAGACAAAUAGUGUGCGAUAAAUACACAGAGAAUUGUCCAGCCUCGCAAAACUACUCCUACCACAUACAAAGCUGUCAGCACACCUGUCUGUCUCUCAGCUCAGAGCGUCAGGGAUGCAGCGUUGACUUUGUGCCCGUAGACGGAUGUGCCUGUCCAGAUGGACACUACCAGGAUGAGACGGGACUUUGUGUUCCUAUGGAAAAAUGUUCUUGUUAUUAUAAUGGAGUAUACAUCCAACCUGGCAAGUCUAUCAGCAUUAAGAAUGAACACUGUGUUUGCAUUACUGGAACGUUUCAUUGUUGGUCCCAGAAACCUGUUGUUGUGGAUUGCGUUCUUCCAAAAGUUUUCUUCAACUGCAGUACAGCAGGCCAAAAUGAACAUGGACUGGAGUGUGCGCAGACUUGUUCGCAACAGGGAGUUGAUUGCUUCUCGCUGGAGUGUGAAUCUGGGUGCCAGUGUCCUACAGGUCUCCUGGAAGAUGGAAGAGGAAACUGUGUUAAGCCUCAUGACUGCCCGUGUCUACACGAUGAAACAUUUUCCGAAUCAGGAGAUGAAAUAUCCCGGUAUUGCAACAACUGCACUUGUCAAGGGGGAACAUGGAUAUGUACACAACAUAAAUGUCCAGGUGUCUGCAGUAUAUAUGGAAGCGGACAUUAUCAAACUUUUGAUCAACAACGAUUCGGCUUUAUGGGAGACUGCAGUUAUAUAGCUGUACAGGACAAGUGUGGCAAUAACACCGGUCAUUUUAGCAUUGUGACUGAGAAUAUUCCUUGUGGGACAACAGGCACCACAUGUUCAAAAGCUGUUGAUGUCAUUUUGGGGAGGACUAGACUGGAUCUUUCUGAUGGCAAAGUAAAAGCCACUGAUACUGGAACUGGUCCACUGAUCGAGUACAAAGAAAGAAAGUUUGGUAUGUACAUUGUUAUUGAUGCUGAAAAUGGACUGACCGUUUUGUGGGACCGCAUAACCACCAUCCACAUCAUUCUGCAACCCCGGCAUAUGGGAAAUCUUUGUGGCCUUUGUGGAAAUUUUAAUGAAAAUGGCAAAGAUGACUUCACCACUCAAGGCAAAUUGGCAACUACCAAUAUAAUAGAAUUUGUGGACAGCUGGAAAGCAUCAAGCAAAUGCCCAGAUUCAAAACAAGACUUUGACCCGUGCCAGUUGACCCCACACCGACGCAACUGGGCCGAACGAGAAUGUAUCAUCAUAAUGAAAGAUAAUUUCACGGACUGUCAUCGUAAGGUGGAUCCAACUCCAUAUUAUGAUAAUUGUGUGAAGGACACCUGUGCGUGCGACACAGGUGGAGACUGUGAGUGCUUUUGCACAGCUGUGGCGGCUUAUGCUCAAGCCUGCAAUGAAGCACGUGUUUGUGUGGACUGGAGAACACCUGAGAUCUGCCCUGUGUACUGUGAAUACUACAACAAGCGUCCAGAUGACUGUAUAUGGCAUUACAGUCCCUGCCAUAAACCCUGCUACAAAACCUGUCUUAAUCCUGAGGGUAUCUGCAAUAACACUUUACCCAACCUGGAAGGGUGUUAUCCAAAAUGUCCAGAGGACAAGCCUAUUUUUGAUGAAGAAAGUCGGAUGUGUGUGAAGGAUUGUCUUAUUUCAACAACAACUACAACAACUGCAACAACUACUACAAUGACUACGAUUACAGAAUCAUCAACGGAAAAAUCUACUUCAUCAUCACAAACGCCCAAAACACUGACCGUUUCCACAUCUUCACCGACACCAACAACAACCACUACAACAACAACAACUGGAACAACACCUGAAAGUACUACAACAACUACAAUUACAGAAUCAACAACAGAAGAAUCUACUACAUCAUCACAAACGCCCAAAACACUGACUGUUUCCACAUCAAUCAACAACAGAAGAAUCUACUACAUCAUCACAAACGUUCAAAACACAUACUGUUCCCACAUCUUCACCUACACCAACAACAACCACAACAACUGGAUCAACACCUGGAAGUACUACAACAACUACAAUUACAGAAUCAACAACAGAAGAAUCUACUACAUCAUCACAAACGCCCAAAACACUGUCUGUUUCCACAUCUUCACCUACACCAACAACAACCACUACAACAACAACUGGAUCAACACCUGGAAAAUCAACAACAGAAGAAUCUACUACAUCAUCACAAACGUUCAAAACACAUACUGUUCCCACAUCUUCACCUACACCAACAACAACCACUACAACUGGAUCAACACCUGGAAGUACUACAACAACUACAAUUACAGAAUCAACAACAGAAGAAUCUACUACAUCAUCACAAACGCCCAAAACACAUACUGUUUCCACAUCUUCACCUACACCAACAACAACCACUACAACAACAACUGGAUCAACACCUGGAAAAUCAACAACAGAAGAAUCUACUACAUCAUCACAAACGUUCAAAACACAUACUGUUCCCACAUCUUCACCUACACCAACAACAACCACAACAACUGGAUCAACACCUGGAAGUACUACAACAACUACAAUUACAGAAUCAACAACAGAAGAAUCUACUACAUCAUCACAAACGCCCAAAACACAUACUGUUUCCACAUCUUCACCUACACCAACAACAACCACUACAACAACAACUGGAUCAACACCUGGAAAAUCAACAACAGAAGAAUCUACUACAUCAUCACAAACGCCCAAAACACAUAUUGUUUCCACAUCUUCACCUACACCAACAACAACCACUACAACGACUGGAUCAACACCUGGAAGUACUACAACAACUACAAUUACAGAAUCAACAAUAGAAGCAUCUACUUCAUCAUCACAAACGCCCAAAACACUGACUGUUUCCAUAUCUUCACCUACACCAACAACAACCACUACAACAACAACUGGAUCAACAUCCGGAAAAUCAACAACAGAAGAAUCUACUACAUCAUCACAAACGUUCAAAACACAUACUGUUCCCACAUCUUCACCUACACCAACAACAACCACAACAACUGGAUCAACACCUGGAAGUACUACAACAACUACAAUUACAGAAUCAACCACAGAAGAAUCUACUACAUCAUCACAAACGCCCAAAACACAUACUGUUUCCACAUCUUCACCUACACCAACAACAACCACUACAACAACAACUGGAUCAACACCUGGAAAAUCAACAAUAGAAGCAUCUACUUCAUCAUCACAAACGCCCAAAACACUGACUGUUUCCACAUCUUCACCUACACCAACAACAACCACUACAACAACAACUGGAUCAACACCUGGACGUACUACAACAACUACAAUUACAGAAUCAACAACAGAAGAAUCUACUACAUCAUCACAAACGCCCAAAACACAUACUGUUUCCACAUCUUCACCUACAACAACCACUACAACAACAACUGGAUCAACACCUGGAAGUACUACAAUAACUACAAUUACAGAAUCAACAACAGAAGAAUCUACUACAUCAUCACAAACGCCCAAAACACAUACUGUUUCCACAUCUUCACCUACACCAACAACAACCACUACAACAACGACUGGAUCAACACCUGGAAGUACUACAACAACUACAAUUACAGAAUCAACAACAGAAGAAUCUACUACAUCAUCACAAACGCCCAAAACAAAUACUGUUUCCACAUCUUCACCUACACCAACAACAACCACUACAACAACAACUGGAUCAACACCUGGAAGUACUAUAACAACUACAAUUACAGAAUCAACAACAGAAGAAUCUACUACAUCAUCGCAAACGCCCAAAACACAUACUGUUUCCACAUCUUCACCUACAACAACCACUACAACAACAACUGGAUCAACACCUGGAAGUACUACAACAACUACAAUUACAGAAUCAACAACAGAAGAAUCUACUACAUCAUCACAAACGCCCAAAACACAUACUGUUUCCACAUCUUCACCUACACCAACAACAACCACUACAACAACAACUGGAUCAACACCUGGAAUACUACAACAACUACAAUUACAGAAUCAACAACUGAAGAAUCUUCUACAUCCUCACAAACGCCCAAAACACAUAUUGUUUCCACAUCUUCACCUACACCAACAACAACCACUACAACAACGACUGGAUCAACACCUGGAAGUACUACAACAACUACAAUUACAGAAUCAACAACUGAAGAAUCUUCUACAUCAUCACAAACGCCCAAAACACUUACUGUUUCCACAUCUUCACCUACAUCAACAACAACCACUACAACAACAACUGGAACAACACCUGGAAGUACUACAACAACUACAAUUACAGAAUCAACAACAGAAGAAUCUACUACAUCAUCACAAACGCCCAAAACACUGACUGUUUCCACAUCUUCACCUACACCAACAACAACCACUACAACAACACCUGGAAGUACUACAACAACUACAAUUACAGAAUCAACAACAGAAAAAUCUACUACAUCAUCACAAACGCCCAAAACACAUACUGUUUCCACAUCUUCACCUACACCAACAACAACCACUACAACAACACCUGGAAGUACUACAACAUCUACAAUUGCAGAAUCAACAACAGAAGAAUCUACUACAUCAUCAAAAACGCCCAAAACACCCACUGUUACCACAACUUCACCAACACCAACAAAAAUAAUAACCAUAACAGGAACAUCCCUUGGAAGUACUUCAACAGCGACAGUGACUGAAUCAACAACCAAAACCGAAAUUACACCAUCAGUGUCAACUAUAAGCAACUCAACCUUUUGGACACCCGUUACUGGGCCUGAAAAAACAACACUCUCCCCAUCUCCAACAGGGGCAAUGAUUAAAAACACAUCCACAACACAGAAUACUAAUACUACACUCUGCUUUUGUAAAUUUGAUGGAAAGAAGUACAACCCUGGAGAUAUAAUAUUCAGUAAUCUGCGCAGUGGCUCAGGGAUCUGUCUGACCAGGAUCUGCUCUAACAUCUGUGCAAUUCAGAAUACAACAAACUCAUGUCCAGACUAUGACUGCCCAGCAUGGGAAACAAAUACCAACGAGACGUUCAUCCUGGCGAACUGCACCAUGGCAAGAUGUGAAAAGAACAACACCAUUACGAUUGUAGAAAAUAAAUGCCCUCCUCUCCAGGAAAUCACAUGUGCCAACAAAAAGACCCCAGUGCUGGUACAUGAUGAAAAAACCUGCUGCGACUAUUACGUCUGUGACUGCUUUUGUGAAGGUUGGGGUGACCCUCACUACAUCACAUUUGAUGGAAAGUUCUACAGCUAUCAAGGAAACUGCACUUAUAUAUUAAUGGAAGAAAUACGGCCUCAGCAUCACUUAAAGAUCUACAUCGAUAACGUCUAUUGUGACCUUAUUGAUCGUGUUUCCUGUCCUAGAUCAAUUAUUGUAUCUUACAACGGGCUAGACAUUACACUUACAAAUAAAAAUUUAAUAGGUGGUGCAAAUCUAGAGGUGAGACGUUCUCUUUGUCUUCUUGCACUGCCUUUUACCCAAAAUGGUGUGAAAGUGGUAAGCUCAAGACUGGAUUUGCUCCUGGAGAUUCCACAGCUGGGUGUCGUCGUAACAAUGGGGGCCACCGGCUUCAGCAUCAACCUGCCUUUCAAGCAUUUUGGAAACAACACACAAGGCCACUGCGGAAUAUGUAACAACAACACAGCAGAUGACUGUAUGCGUCCCGAUGGGGUCUUGGAGGGCGACUGCGCUGUAAUGGCGGAUUACUGGCCAGCUAGUAAUGCAACGGGCAAAAUAUGCCCUCCACCAAAUCCCACCCCCACCUCAUCUCCUAAGCCGUGCAUAGCUAACCAAGACUGCAAAAUCCUGAAGAGCGAGGUGUUCAAGACGUGCCAUUCCCGUUUGUCUCCAGAUAACUUCUUUUCAGCCUGUGAAUAUGACAGCUGUCAUGUGACUAACCCUGUCGUGGUGUGUGCAAGUCUGGAGACCUACGCGAGGGCUUGCUCUCUCCUCGGCUUCUGCACAGACUGGAGAAACUACACCAGCCUCUGCAACAUUACAUGCCCAGCAGAUAAAGUCUACAAGCCAUGUGGUCUAGCUGAACCCCCAACCUGUGAAGACCAACCUGAAGAGAAUAGUCUUAAAGUGGUUACAGAAGGCUGCUUUUGCCCAGAUGGCAUGAAGCUCUUCAACAAGCAAUCAGACAUCUGUGUGGACAAAUGCGGAUGCCUGGAUGCUUCCGGGACACCCCGUAAGUUUGGUGAGGUUUUCCAGUACAACUGUGAGGAGUGCGUCUGUGAUAUAGGCAGCAAAUCUGUUACCUGUAAGCGCAGACAGUGUCCUGAUGUUGUCACUGAGAGCUGCACACAGCCUGGCUCCAUGUUGGUCAACCUCAACAAUUCCUCAGACCCAUGCUGCACCAAACAAAUCUGCAGUUGUAAUGUAUCUAUGUGCCCACCUUUGGAUACAAAGUGUAGUGUUGGAUAUUCUUCAGAACUGGAGGUGCCUGUGGGAAAAUGCUGUCAGGAAAUCAAAUGCGUGCCCAAAAAUGUAUGUGUCUUCGACAACAAAGAGUAUGAGCCUGGCAGUGCCAUCCCUGUUGUUGACUGUCAGGAACAAAAUUGUACGAGGGAAGUGGAUCCCAAUACACAGUUUUACAAGAUCAGUACGAGAAAUGUGAUGUGCAACAAAGACUGUGAUCCUGGUUAUGAAUAUCAAGGGCCUGAAAACAACAAAGACUGCUGUGGGAAAUGUGUGCAAACUCACUGUAUCAUCAAUGUCAAUGACACACAACAUAUAUUGACGGAAGGAGAGGUUUUGCCCACUACAGACCAGAAAUGUGACAGAAUCACCUGCACUAAAGUGAACGGACAGUUUAUCACCGAAAACUACAAGAUCCAGUGUCCUCCCUUCAACAUCUCCAACUGCCAGCCCGGUACAGUCCAGCUGAUGGCUGAUGGCUGCUGCCUCAAUUGUGUGGACAAGUUUAAGGGUUGUCAAGUACAGACAGUUCAUGAUUACAUAAAUCACAACCAAUGUCACUCAGAGAGAAAAAUGGAUCUGACCUUCUGUGGCGGAGAUUGUGAGAGUUACAGCAUGUACACUGGACCUGGGAUGUCUUCCUGUAACUGUUGCCAGGCAACCCAUACAAGUAAUCGUACAGUGUCUCUUGGUUGUUCAAAUGGGAACAGAAUACCCUACUCAUACAUCCAUGUUGAGCAGUGCGCCUGUAGCAAAAUAGACUGCCACAGCACUGGAUUUAGCCAGGGAGCAGCGCCUACAAAACAUCCAUAGGAGUACCUGAUGACUUCAAAGGUCUUCAUGGCAAAUA